GCGGAGUGUGGAAGGCAGGCUAGAAGGGAGGGGGGGGAAUGACCGACAGUGACCUCAUCGGAGCCUCCUCGCUGCCUUGUUUCCGUCUUUUUCUUUAAACUGACUUAUUGAGGGGAAGAAAAUAUAUUAUAACAUAUAUAUAUAUAUAUAUAUAUAUAUCACACUUUCUCCGGAAACACAGAGACACGCGUCACGGCCGAAGUCUCCCGUCGUCGUCUCGCGCUCACAGGCGCAGAGCAGCAAACGCAGAAAGCGGCCGGUUCCCGCUUCUUUCUCCUCUCGCGACGCCUCGGUUGGUUCGCCGGGUCCGCGCGGUGCGGUAAUGGAUAAAGGGAAAUGUGCGCUCGAGCCGAAAUCGGCGGCGGUCCAUUACGCCAACGGGCUGCAGAACGGCUUCUGUUCGCCGCAGCGGAGCAGCGGGAGCUCCGGCGGCAGCGCCGCCGCCGGCCCCUCCGUCGCCGGCCUCGGCUGCUCAAGCCCCGGCUCGUCCUGCUCCUGCUCGGGCUCCUCCGGUGGCGGUGGCCAUGGUUGCUUCGAAAGCCUCCACCACCAUGUUCUUCAGGAGCAGCAGCACAACGGCUCUCCGGCCAAGAGGAGCAGGCUCCGGCGGAGGACCGAGUCGGUCCGGAAGAACAGACCCCCCUUCCCCUGGUUUGGCAUGGACAUUGGUGGGACUCUGGUGAAGCUAGUCUACUUUGAGCCCAAGGACACCCCAGCAGAGGAGGAACAGGAGGAGGUGGAGAACCUCAAGAGCAUCCGCAAGUACCUGACAUCCAACGUGGCCUAUGGCAACACAGGCGUCCGCGAUGUGCACCUGGAACUCAAGGAGCUGAGCAUCUGUGGACGCCGCGGCAGCCUGCACUUUAUCCGCUUCCCCACGCAAGCCAUGCACAGCUUCAUCCAGAUGGGUCGCGACAAGAAUUUCUCGAGCCUGCACACAACGCUCUGUGCCACUGGCGGUGGGGCCUACAAGUUUGAGGAGGACUUCAGAACGAUGGCCGACCUGCAGCUGCUGAAACUGGAUGAGCUGGACUGCCUCAUCCAGGGCCUCCUAUACGUGGACUCAGUCGGGUUCAACGGCCACCCGGAGUGCUACUUCUUUGAAAACCCCUCAGACCCAGAAAGCUGCGUGAAGUGGCCCUGUUGCCUCGACAACCCCUUCCCCAUGCUGCUGGUCAACAUCGGCUCUGGAGUCAGCAUACUGGCCGUGUACUCCAAGGACGAUUACAAACGGGUCACCGGCACCAGCCUGGGAGGAGGUACCUUCCUCGGUCUGUGCUGCUUGCUGACCGGCUGCGAAACUUUUGAGGAGGCCUUGGAAAUGGCUGCCAAGGGAGACAGUACAAAUGUGGACAAGCUGGUGAAAGACAUCUACGGAGGUGACUACGAGCGCUUUGGUCUGCAGGGAUCUGCUGUAGCUUCCAGCUUUGGCCACAUGAUGAGCAAGGAGAAACGAGACUCUAUCAGCAAAGAGGACCUUGCCAGAGCCACGCUGGUCACAAUCACCAACAACAUCGGCUCCAUUGCUCGCAUGUGUGCAGUUAACGAGAAAAUUGACAGGGUGGUGUUUGUCGGGAACUUCUUGCGAAUAAACACAAUAUCAACGAAGCUGCUCGCGUAUGCCAUGGACUUCUGGUCAAAGGGGCAGCUGAAGGCUCUGUUCUUAGAACAUGAGGGUUAUUUUGGAGCCGUCGGUGCGUUCCUGGAGCUGUUGAAGUCGAGUGACGACCCGCGAGACGACCCAUGAAUGACCUUCUAGAUGGACCUCACGCUGAAUUGAGGAGCUGCUGCAGGGCUGCAACGAAGCCAGUAUGAGAAAUACGGAAAAGCCAUUUUAAUAAUUUAAUGACUGUAAAUAGCGCUGACCCCCUUUCUCCCGUUUCCUUUGGCCUGUAAGGUUUUUAUCGACUAAUUUAAACACCCAAUGCAGUCAGGAGAUAAGGUGGAUAUUGGGAAUCCAAAUUUUCCUGGUACUGUGUGUAAAUAUACAUGUAUUUUUAGAAGGUGCGCCAAAGCCAAAAUCUGACCUUUUUGGUUUUAUGCCUUUUUCUGUCGAUUUUAAAUCAUAAGGACCUUUCAAGAAAAUGGACCUCAAUAAUAUAUUGUUCAUCCUGCUCUUCCCCCUAAUGUGAUGAGACUAACCGCAUUGUCUGUCGUUAAAGUACAUUGUACAUUGUAUUUAACGUAGCUUACACAAAUAGCAAUAAUUUCCUGUGCCGUAGGAGCCCAAAUUUUCGUAAUGCUGUCCUGUAUCGUCGUUCUUAUGUCCCAUAUGUGAAGCCAUUUUGAACUGGUUAGCAAGUAGGGACCAAAUUCAGCUCUUAAUGGCCAAUGUUGGACCCUUCUCAACAUCCAUGUUUUUCCCUAAACUGUAAUCCCACAAGUGAAUGCCAGCAGGGUUAAGACCCUGGUGCAAAGGUCGCGUCCACAGAAAAUCUCAGACUUUGCCAAAAAGGGGUCCGUUUUCUUCCUUCUGAGGUGUACUUUUAAUCAAAGUAAAUUUAAAAAAAAAAAAAAAAAAAAAAAAAAGUGUUAUGAUGAGUACCCCAGGAGAUUUUACUCUUUGACCUUUUGGUUAAUUUUCAUGACAUUUCAUGAUGGUAUGUUGGUUUCAAGUGAAACUACAAAGCUGGCCUGUGAACUGCUAUACGUUGCACACUCUCCUGCCUUUUUCAAAGGGUUUUUUGGGUAGUUUGACCUCUCUUGCAUCACCUAAACUAGUGACUGAUUUCACCUUGUUACGUGCCCAUAUAAGGCUGCCUUCUUUGCAUAGCUCUGUAUAGCUUUCCAGCAAGAAAAGUGUGUAGGUGCUUUUAGUGAAAUGGCUGUUUAGACAGUUCCCAUGAAGAAGAAGAAAAAAAACACUGGGAGGGGUGGACUUCUCAUUUGUGAAAAGUGGGAAGCGUGUCGUUUUGUCUGGGCUUUAGUGAAGUUCAGGUUGAAAAAUGAGACGAAACGGGUAAGAAAAGUGCAAAAUAUUGAAAUUGCCUAAAUUGUCACUGGGAUUAACCUAUUAGGAAAUUUCAUUAGCAAUUAAUGUAAGAUUAUGUAGAGUUUAAGUGUGACCUUUACUCAGUGCAACUUAUUUUUGCCUCUAUUGCCUUUCUGUUGACUUCCUACAAUUUGCCUCUUUCUUUUUUUUAACCAUACCGUUACAUUGGGCACAACCUUGCUCAUGCCAGUAAUGAAUGCUGCAGGUUGCCUUUUCCACUUCAAGACAAAUUGCAUCUUUUUCCAAGACUUGAGAUGCACCUUUAUAGCAUUAGUCAGUGUCAUCAUAGUGCAAUUUACUGUAAUAACCUUUUUCGGUGUUUUAGUUUUUUUUUUGUCUACAUUUCCAUCUUUCGCACCACCAUGUUGUCAUUUUUCAAGCAGUAGAUGUAGGUAAUUUUACUUUAGCCCCAUUGGUAAGUGUAACAUCUGAGAUUAUUUACAUGUUGGUAAACAUGAUGUUCGUUUCUGAAGGCUAACUUUAAUCAUUUUGGAAAAUGAAUUGUACAGCAUUAAUGGUUUAAAAACACUCUGUAACCUGUUACUAGAGAACUUUCACAUGUAAAACUGUAGCAGAUGAAAAAACUAGCUUCUUACAAGGACGAAUCAGUCAUUUUUGAGAACGCUUAAAUGUUUUGUGGAAAAAUGAUUAUCUCAAAAAUUAAGCCCAGACAAAACAAUUUUUAGUAUGCAUGUACUUGUUAGUUUUUUUUUUAACCUUUAUUUGCUGCUUUGUUCUUCUAACUGCUCAAGAAAAGCUGAUUUAUAUUUCAGGUUUAAUAUUUCUUUCAGCUAGACAAACUCCCAGAAUGCAUUUGUGAAGCAGGUGGGCUUUACAUGCAGCCCAGUACAGUUGUAAAGUCAAUUUUGUGAAUGUGUGUGAGAGAAACACAAGGAAACGUGUAUUCAACAGGGAGGUACGCACUGUGACCUUGCAUCUGUGAGAUCCUUUGUCAUUUGUCCUGCAGUUGAGCACUAGUGAGUCAUUUUAUGGUUUUUUUUUUUUUUAAAAAAACAUUAUGGAGCAUUUCCUGCUUUAAGAUUCUGCGUUUAGUGAAAACCGCAUUGGGUGGUGUGUGUGUGUGUGUGUGUGUGUG